AUGACAUCUUCAAAUCACAACAAAGUUACUAUUAUUGGUUCUGGUCCAGCUGCCCAUACUGCAGCCAUUUAUUUGGCUCGUGCUGAAAUAAAACCUACUCUUUACGAAGGUAUGUUUGCCAAUGGGAUUGCUGCUGGUGGUCAAUUGACUACUACCACUGAGAUCGAAAAUUUCCCAGGGUUUCCUGAUGGAUUAACUGGUUCUGAAUUAAUGGAAAGAAUGAAAUUACAAUCUUUAAAAUUUGGUACCAAUAUCAUCACUGAAACUGUUUCCAAGAUUGAUCUAUCUUCCAAGCCAUUUAAGUUCUGGACUGAAUUUAAUGAAGAUGCCACACCUUUUACUACUGAUGCCAUCAUUUUAGCUACUGGUGCUUCUGCCAAGAGAAUGAAUUUACCAGGUGAAACUACUUACUGGCAAAAGGGUAUUUCUGCAUGUGCCGUUUGUGAUGGUGCUGUACCAAUCUUUAGAAACAAGCCAUUAGCUGUCAUUGGUGGUGGUGAUUCUGCUUGUGAGGAAGCUUCUUUCUUAACCAAGUAUGGUUCUAAAGUUUUUAUGCUUGUUAGAAAAGAUCAUUUACGUGCUUCCAAGAUCAUGCAAGAACGUGUCAUGGAAAACCCAAAGAUUGAAAUUCUAUUCAAUACAGUUGCUUUAGAAUGUCAAGGUGAUGAAAAAUUAUUAACCAAUUUGAAGAUAAAAAAUAACGUUACAAAUAAGGAAUCUGAUUUGCCUGUAAAUGGUCUCUUCUACGCUAUUGGUCACGACCCUGCCACUGAAACUGUCAGGGGCCAAGUAGAUACUGAUGAUAAUGGUUACAUUAAGACUGUUCCAGGCACUUCUUUAACCUCUGUACCAGGUUUCUUCGCUGCUGGUGAUGUUCAAGAUUCAAGAUAUAGGCAAGCCAUCACAAGUGCCGGAUCUGGUUGUAUGGCUGGUUUGGAUGCUGAAAGAUAUUUGUCUGAAUUGUAA